UGUGUUCCACAUACCUUGAUUUCUUGUCUGUCAGUGGUUCAGUUCACAUGGAGAAGAGAGCCUGAGCAUUCCUCCUGAUAGAUGAAUCCCUUGUCCCUACGUUCUGCUCUCUCCAGGGUGCAUGAUACCUGUUGAAAACAGACUCUUUUAUGAGACUUUUCUGGCAUUUUUUUAAUGAAACUGGACUGAGUCAGGAGAAGGAGAGCAGAAGGAGAAGUCUCACCUUUUAGCCACAGGACGCCAAGGAUUUUCAUCACAUUUCUUAUCUGGUUCUUCAAACCUUGCAGCUGUUUUUCUUGCAGCUGCAGAAACAUAAUAUAUAGAGAUUUUGUCAGUUACAUUAUGAUCUUUUCCACGGUGCCUUUUCAAGUUUCUUUAGCCAAGCAGCAGACGUAUGUGUCCCCCUCAAACCAUCAGAUGGCUCCUCCAAGCCCCAACAACAACAACAAUAUCAACACCACCAGCAGCACCUCCAUCAGCAAUGGCAGCAGCAGCAUUGGGGGAGAGCAGCUGAGCAAAACCAACCUGUACAUCCGUGGCCUCCACCCAGGAACCACAGACCAGGAUCUGGUCAAGCUCUGUCAGCCGUACGGGAAAAUCGUGUCCACCAAGGCCAUCCUGGACAAGACCACCAACAAGUGCAAAGGCUAUGGCUUUGUUGACUUUGACAGUCCGUCCUCGGCUCAGAAGGCGGUGACGGCGCUGAAGGCGGGUGGCGUGCAGGCUCAGAUGGCCAAGCAACAGGAGCAGGACCCCACCAACUUAUACAUCUCCAAUCUGCCAAUGUCCAUGGACGAGCAGGAGCUGGAGAGCAUGCUGAAGCCCUUCAGCCAGGCCAUUUCCACUCGCAUCCUCCGUGACGCCAACGGGACCAGCCGAGGAGUGGGCUUUGCCAGGAUGGAGUCAACAGAGAAAUGUGAAGCCAUCAUCCAACAUUUCAAUGGAAAAUAUAUCAAGACUCCACCUGGAGUUCCAGUGCCGCCAGAGCCCCUGUUGUGUAAAUUUGCUGAUGGAGGUCAGAAGAAGCGUCAGAGCCAAGGAAAAUAUCUGCAGAACGGCCGGCCCUGGAUGAGAGAUGGGGAGAAUUCCUUUGUCUCUUGGCUCCAGGGAGGAAUGACCCUUACCUAUGACCCCAACACAGCCUUACAGAACGGGUUCUACUCCUCUCCAUACAGCAUCGCCCCAAACCGGAUGAUGGGGCCAGCCUCCCUCUCCCCGUACAUGCAUUCACCUGUGUCCACCUACCAGGUACACAACCCAUCCUGGCUACAUCAUCAGUCAUACAUAAUGCCGCCCACGGGGGCAGUCCUGACGCCAGGAAUGGACCACACCAUGUCCAUCCAGCCGACCUCCAUGAUGGGGCCCCUGACGCAGCAGCUCAGCCACCUCUCCAUGGGCAGCAGUGGCACAUACAUGCCUGCAAACACAUCUAUGCAGGGGACCUACAUCCCCCAGUACACCCAAGUGCCUGCUGCCAACAUCUCAGUUGAGGAAAGUGCCGUUCAACCACCCGUUGCCAUAGAGACACCCACAGAACACACAACCUACACCUACCAGCAUAACAAGUGAAGAGGUGGCAGAGAUCUUCCUCUGGAGCCGGAGCGACUCUCAAGGGGCCCCAAGUGCUGAAACUCGGCACAGCGACUCUGCACGUAAGGCACCAGACACUCGGGAGGAACAUGGACUGUUACACAGAAAGGACAAAAAAAAAAAAGAUAUUUUCUACAAACUCAUAUUUUAAAACAAACUCUUGUACUCCAAAACAAACCAAGGCUGGAGGAUGGCAGGCAAUGGGAAACGGAAGAACGGAACAGGGAGCGUCUAUUUUGAUAACAGUCACACACAGACACACACUACAUACGUUUAAAACGUUUUUUGGACGUUAUUUUUUUUCUAAUACUACUCCGGGGAGCUAGAAUGAAAGCAGGAAAAUAACAUUUCAACACCAUGUUUUAUUUUGAGUUAUGUUUUCACCGUUUUGUAAGAGAUGCUGAUUUUACUUCACUUUUUUUUGUCUGAUACUUUCAGGCUUUGAACCUGCCUUUUUUUGUACAUAAUUCUUAGUUUUGGUGUGUUUCUAGCUUCAUGUUUCCUAGUUUGAUUGAUUGGUGCAAAUAUUUGAAUACAGGGCUCAAAAAGAAAAAGAAAAAAGUCAUUCAAAAAGCUGUUGACUCAUAUUGUAGACAGAUAUGGUGCUGAUUUGGAUUAGCGUCUCUCGAAGUGGCGGCAAGUUUAUCAGGUAUUAAACCUACCUGAUCGCUUUUUUUUGGCACUUGACUCUAAUUUAUAGUUCCAACAAUCUCGACAAAGCUUCAGACAAUCAGAAGAUUACAAAGAAAAUUUAGAGAUGAUUUCACGGAGAAGAUUUCUUCAAAAGAGCAAAAAUAGAUUUAAAGCAUUCCAGAGAUUAUUAUCAGAAAGUUCACGUUGAGCUGCUCCACUUGAUGAAACCCAAAGUUGCUUAACAGAGAUCACAUCUCACACAGAGCUGCCUGUAAAUAAGAGAUUUAAAUGUAUUUAGGCUUUCUUUUGAUUUCCUUUUAUCAGUGUAGUAAUGCUUCAGUUAUUUUAAUAACAAUAUUAUACCAAAAUGUCUGAGCAUAGCAAUAUUGCUGUGUUUUCCUCUUGUGAUUCCUUUAUAGACGGGGAAGCUGAAUCUCCACAACAUCCCAAAAAAAUGUAUUUUCCGAAGCAAGAGUUAGAUGUUGUUAUUAGAGUAUGAAGUUGUUAUUACAUAGACGUGGAGAUCAACUGGUAAAGCGUGGCUCUGUCCUGUUAUAUCUUCAGAAAACACUAUCAUUAUGGAUUAUUAUGGCCAGUACAGAGAUGCUUUAAUACUGGCCAUCGUUGUGUGUUUGCAUCUACUUCUGCAUUUCUGUUUUUCACCCUCAUGUUUUUUUUACAUUUCUUAUUUAAAGUUUGUUUUUUUUUAAUUCAGUUUUUAAGAUUGAUCCUAUUUUUCGAAGAAGUUUUGUUUUUAUUUUUGAUAGUGUGUUGUGUGCUUCAAAUAGUGAGAAAUAGAUGUUUGCAACUUUUUUUGAAAUUUGUUUGUAUGUUUGCGUACUUUUCUCGUUCUGGUUUCAGUGUUGAUGUCAAAGUGGCUUUAAUGUUGUUGUGUGUUUGUUUUUUUUUUUACAGAUAUUUCAGUUCUGUCCGUGUCACAAAUGUUGGCACUUUGCAAACAUGACUCCUGAUCGUGGAUGAAUUAUGUGUGCUAGGUUCAGAUGCAUUGUUACAGAGUUGUGCCCUCAAGCAGUUGGGAACAACGUAAGAGAAAUAUAUGUUCAAAAACCUUGACUUACCUCAUCCUGCCAGAGAAAUGUAGAUUCAGUUUGUGUACAAGGUUCACAGGCAAUAACCGACUACAGUAGGUCUCAUGGCUGUUCACAGCUGGUACUGUGUCCACAUCCUUUAACUCUUCCGUCCAAUGUUCGGAAAAAAACACGCCCAAGGUCUGACGAUCUAUGCAAUUAAUUUAUUAUCCUUAUAAAUGCAAUACUACAGAUAUCCAAGAGACACCUCACAUUAUGACAAUGGAUCACCUCACAAUAUCACUUCUGGCUCACGAAGCUUUCAUCUUUCAUUAUUCAUAUGUUGAGAUUUUGUUUUUGUUUUCUGACUGACACAUUCAUCUUUGGUUCAUUAAUUGUUAGUAAAAUUGCUGCAUUAAAAGGGAACUAUUUCAUACCAAAAUGUAGUUGUUAAUAUGAAAAUGUAGGAACUCUAAAUAAAAUAUAUGGCAGGUGUGCUUUAUAUGAAUGAAGGCAGGUGUUGCCCACUUGUCUACCCAACUUUUAGUUUACAUGGACGUCAUGUUGAUGUAAUUCACCAUUCCAUCCAGCUGCAACUUCUAUGUUCUGGUUACAUUUUACGUUUGCUUUCUUGCCGAGUAAUUGAUGCGGUUUUAUUCUUUUUAAACCAUGAAACAGUUCAUUUCCAGGAGAAAAUUAAACUUCACAGAAAUGCCUUAGAUUUCACUGAAAGGGAUAGUGAAGAUUUGGUGGGCUUGUUUUUUUUUUUUUUUUUCAUGCACUGCUAAUGUUGAAAAUAUUUUUUUUUGUUCUAUCAAACUACUCUGAAAUAUUUACAUCUUUAAAUUUGUGUUCCAUCGUCAUUCCAUCACUUCUAAUCCAAAAUAUUGAAGAAAAGCUGAAUGGUGGGUUAUUGAGUCUAAAGAACUAUUGCUGCUAAUGUCGGAUCGAGUAGAAAUCUUUUAGCUGAAGGUCAUUGAAUACAUCACGUCACGUAUGGGGUCAGUUUGUAACUCAUGUUCAGAGAUGUCUGUGCAGUCUUCUUCUCUAAAUGUUUGUCUGUCUGUGCCAUGAUGCAGGUCUUUGUCUUCUUCAUAGAAAAAACAACCCUACAGCUAUUAAACUUUUAACUUGG